CCCGCCCAACCACCGUUAGCCGGAGGUCGAAGAGCUCAGACAGAGCCUGAGAGGUCCCACUAAGGGACCAUACCCGCUUGGACUGGGCCGACAGGUACCUUCGCGUGUUUGCGCUGUAGCACUCCCUAGCCUCUAACUUGCAUGCGGAAAAGGGUUCCUUCCUGCCCCAGGCUUUGCCGAGAAUCGAUUUCUGCACGCCGUGCGGAAAGGUGUAGGUCUGCCCGGCCUCGGAGCAAAACACUAAGGCCCCUCCCUUUUCUGGCACCCAGAGCAUCCGGACCUUCUCUUCAAGAGGCAGACCUCGUCGGCCAAGCUGGUUGUCACUGCUCACCGCUCCUGGGUGACACCUUGGAGAGAGGAGGGGCGUGCAAGGAUGGGGCUCGCGAAGAGCUCAUGGUAUUGGGGCUGCAUGCGGCCCAUUCCUCUUCAGCAAGACGUUUCUAUUUUGCUGGCGGGCCCUGGGCGUGGGGAAAUGCAGGUCUGGUGGCGUAGGGUCCCAACCCCUAAUGGGAGUGCAGAAAGCACCAACAUACAACUCAGACUCUGAAUCAGAAGCCUGCUAAUGUUGGCCUAACCGCGGGCCCAGCACGGAGAAUUGCCGCGGUGUGGUUCCCCCCGGAGGAUGAUGCACAGGAAGGAGGGGCGCGAGACGCCUCUGAGGAUCCACGCAAGGCGGGCGGCCUGUGAGAAAGGAGGCCAUGUACCCAGAGGCACACGUAGACCGGGCUCGGCCAAAGCCCAGGUGGCCCGCUCUGCUGAGCGGUCACGUGGACGGCGGGUGUGAGGCCUCUACCGCCAUUCCCAGUCCCUAAUGCCCUGCAGUUCCGUGAAGACCCCGAGGCGCCCCCACCCGCCUCUCCCUCCUCCCCCUCCGGUUCUCUUGGGUGAGGAUAUCUGGGUGUCCGCACUGCCCCUGCAGGGCGCGCCUUGCGCCCUGGACCGGAAGAGGCAGGUGACCAGCUGUCCGUUCUUGGCCAGGCAUAGCGAGACGCGAGGGUUUAGGGAAAACACACCCGGAGAGUGUUUUCCUGACCCGGGCAAAGAAUGCCCCGCGCCUGAAGAAAUUUCUUUCCUUUACAAAGGUGACGGGGACAACAGUUUUUAUUGACUUUUCUUUCUGGUUAGAGAGCCAUCCUCGUACUAUUUGUGGUUUGCCCUACAACAGCUACAGGGUCCUCCACCGCGCCUUACUUCUUUCGGGUAGCUCCCUGCAGGUGUGUGCGGCUUGCAGGAGCGCGCGCUCGCCUGGCAGGGCUUGGGCUAGGGCUGGGGAAUUCUAGCAUCGCUGGGGGUUUCAGUCGGGCCUAAUAGCUAUCACCUGCCUGCCCAGAGAAAGGAGAGCAAGAUAGCAAACAUUUUUCUCUCGUAUGGCUCUGAGUGUCCUGCCAAGCUUAGCUUUGGGGUAAGUGCGGCCCGGGUGUUUUUUCCCAGGCUCACUAUUUGCAAAAAGUUGUUGUGGCCGGAGAAAACUUUCAAGUCGCCAGCCAGCAGGAACAUCGCAAGGGAGCCCCAGUUGCUCAUCAGGCUGGCGGCCUGGGAGCGUGCGCACCACCCACCGCCACCCUGGGCGGCCGCCCGGCUCCGCCCCAGGUCACGGAGCUGCCCGCCACUCUGAGAAGGCCGGGCAGGGGCUGGAAGAGGGGGGAACGCGGUGGGCGGAGCGCGGGACGUCCCACGCCCAGCCCCGGGAAUUCCCUCGGGUCCUUGGUGUGCUCGGGCCGGUGCGUGUGCUGUCUGGGUGUGAUCGCACCCCCAGCGCCUCCCCAGACCUGGGCAAGCACUCGCCCCUGGCGCUGCUAGCCGCCACCUGUAGCCGCAUCGGCCAGCCAGGCGCCACGGCACCCCCAGAAUUCCUGCAGGUGUCCUACGACCCCGCGCUGGGCUCGCCCUCCAGGCUUUUUCACCCGUGGACCACGGAUAUGCCCGCUCACUCGCCUGGCGCGCUGCCGCCCCCGCACCCCAGCCUGGGGCUGACGCCGCAGAAAACGCACCUGCAGCCUUCCUUCGGGGCGGCGCACGAGCUGCCGCUAACACCCCCUGCUGACCCCUCGUACCCCUACGAGUUCUCACCGGUGAAGAUGCUGCCCUCGAGUAUGGCGGCGCUGCCAGCCAGCUGCGCGCCAGCCUACGUGCCCUAUGCAGCCCAGGCCGCGCUACCACCCGGCUACUCCAACUUGCUACCCCCGCCCCCGCCGCCCCCGCCCCCCACGUGCCGUCAGCUGUCCCCCAACCCGGCCCCCGACGACCUCCCGUGGUGGAGUAUCCCGCAGGCAGGCACCGGUCCGGGAACCUCGGGGGUUCCAGGGGGCAGCCUCUCCGGCCCCUGUGCUGGGGGCCCCCACGCGCCGCGCUUCCCCGCCUCGGCCGCAGCUGCCGCCGCCGCUGCCGCAGCCCUGCAGCGGGGCCUGGUAUUGGGCCCUUCGGACUUCGCGCAGUACCAGAGCCAGAUCGCUGCGCUGCUGCAAACCAAGGCCCCCCUGGCGGCCACGGCCAGGAGGUGCCGCCGCUGCCGCUGCCCCAACUGCCAAGCGGCGGGCGGCGCCCCCGAGGCAGAGCCGGGCAAGAAGAAACAGCACGUGUGCCACGUGCCAGGCUGUGGCAAGGUGUACGGCAAAACGUCGCACCUGAAGGCGCACCUGCGCUGGCACACGGGCGAGAGGCCCUUCGUGUGCAAUUGGCUCUUUUGCGGCAAGAGCUUCACUCGCUCAGACGAGCUACAGCGGCACCUGCGGACUCACACCGGUGAGAAGCGCUUCGCGUGUCCGGAGUGCGGCAAGCGCUUCAUGCGCAGCGACCACCUUGCCAAGCAUGUCAAGACGCACCAGAAUAAGAAGCUCAAAGUUGCUGAGGCCGGAGUCAAGCGUGAAGACCCGCGGGACCUGUAAGCCCACCUGGGGGUGGCUCAAGGCCUCUCCCACUUCGGACUCCUUACUCAGCACCUCUUCCGGGAGGUUCCAGGGACCUGCCGGCAGGAGAGACCCAAGAGAGGCCUUUGCUUCUGCCUGCUUGCCCUCCUCCCAAAGCGAUGCCAGGCCUCUAGCUUCUCUGGUCCGGCCUGCGGACAGGGACCCUGUGCCCAGGAAGAGCAGGGGAGGUAGGAUUGAGAGCUCUGCAUCAGGAAAGAGUGGUUCCAGGCUCUGAACCAUUCCCACCGUCUGGGAGACCUGCAGUUUGAGGGGACCACCCUGGGCUGACCUUUGUAUAUAGGGAGCUCCGCUGAAUCAAAGCGGAAGGACCUUGAGAGAUUUGAAAUAAUGCUCGGGUUUUUUGCUAGGACUGGGCCGGGCUUUGUACAGGUUAUUUAAUAGCUUUCUUAAAGAAUAAUUAUAAUAAUUAUAACAUUAAUUAAAAUGGUACUUUUGUCCUCCAUGCAGAGCUACAGCAUGAAAUGUCUCUGUAAAGCAAUCAGCAGUUUCAGCGUGAAAAUAAAUACGUUAACUCCGGGGUCCCCUCGGGAAGACCCCCGCUGA